UGCUGCCCGGGGUAUAUAAAGACCAAAUCAGCUGAUCCCGUCUCUACUCAUCUAACCUUGACGGGAGAAGGACAGUGAUUCUCCCCAUAGUAACACGUAUUAAGGUGACCCCAAGAUGACCUCCAGCCCCGUUGACCUGACCCGGCCCCUGGAGGAGGAUGACCCUGAGCUGUGUGACCUCAUCAAGAAAGAGAGGGCGCGUCAGUUUCAAGGCCUCGAGAUGAUCGCUUCGGAAAACUUCACUUCACGAGCCGUCAACGAUUGUCUCUCCUCUUGCCUCACUAACAAGUAUUCUGAAGGCAUGGUGGGUCAGAGGUACUACGGUGGCAACGAACAUAUAGAUGAAAUAGAGAAGCUGUGUCAGAAGCGAGCGUUGGCAACCUUCCAUCUUGACCCUGAGCAGUGGGGCGUCAAUGUCCAGCCGUAUUCUGGGUCACCCGCCAACUUCGCCGUAUAUACUGCCCUUGUGGAACCCCAUGGCAGAAUUAUGGGCCUUGACCUCCCAGACGGCGGCCACCUGACCCACGGUUUUUACACAGCCACCAAAAAGGUUUCGGCAACCUCCAUUUUCUUCGAGUCGAUGCCUUACAAGAUCGACCCCGCCACGGAACUCAUCGACUACAACAAGCUGGAGGAGACGGCCAGGCUAUUUAAACCCAGGAUGAUCAUUGCUGGAGUGAGCUGCUACCCCCGACACCUGGACUACAAGCGUUUCCGAGAGAUUUGUGACCAGAAUGGCUCUCUCUUGUUGGCCGAUAUGUCGCAUGUUAGUGGCCUGGUUGCCGCAGGGGUGACCUCCGACCCCUUCCAGUACUGCGAUGUUGUCACCACCACCACCCACAAGACACUCAGGGGGCCUAGGAGUGGUGUCAUAUUCUACAGACGGGGUCAGAAGGGCACAGACAAGGCCGGCAAUCCCAUUUUCUAUGACUAUGAGGACAAGAUUAACCAGGCAGUGUUCCCCGGGCUACAGGGCGGCCCACACAACCAUCAAAUCGCUGCCAUCGCUGUGGCCAUGAGACAGGCUGCCCUCCCUGCCUUUGUGGACUACCAGAAGCAGGUAAUCCUGAACGCCCAGGCCCUGGCAGCUGGUCUGGUGGCAGCUGGGUACAAGGUGGUGACAGGUGGUACUGACAAUCACCUGGUGUGGCUUGACCUGCGACCCAGCGGCCUGUCAGGGGGCAAGGCUGAGAAGGUCUUGGAGGAGGUCGCCAUCUCUGUCAAUAAGAAUACUGUACCAGGUGACAAGUCUGCUCUGAACCCCAGUGGCCUUCGCAUUGGGACCCCAGCCCUCACCACACGGGGGAUGAAGGAGGGGGAUAUGAAGACAAUUGUUGCCUUCAUGGACCAGGCCUUCCAGAUUGCCAAGAGUGUGCAGGCCAAGAGUGGACCAAAACUCGUUGACUUCAAGAGAGUUUUGGCCACUGACGAAUUUCAGGGCCAGAUUAUGGACCUUAAGGGCAAGAUAGAGGCUUAUGCGGCCCAGUACCCUCUACCUGGACGCCCUGACCUUUAAUUCUGACCCCCUGUGACCUUCCCUGACCUCUGUGUGGCCUUAAAAGUGUGUCUGUGUUUUUGGGGAGUUUCAAAUAAAUUUUUCGUAUA